CCAAACGAGAGUAAAACCAAAAAAAAAAAAACAAAAAUUGUGUUGCCAAUUAUGGGGAAAACUAAAAGAACAAAAGACCCAUUUACAAUCAAUACUAUAUACUUAGAUGAGUGGAACUAUCGUCCAUGCCCUAAACUGGGAUAAUGGAUAUGAACAGCAAUUCAUCGCCGUCAACCCUAUGGGUGAUGAAGUCAUUCUUUACGAGACCAACCACGACAACGACCCAACUGUCGAAUCCAAUGCCAUUGUCCAACUAAGCAAUCGUCUGGGAUUUGAAAACAUUCAAUGUUCAUCCUACUCCAAGAUCAAGCGAGGUUUAGUUAGUGUAGGAUCUAUAAAUGGGACAAUAUCAGUCUUUGACAUUAACUCUUCCACAAGUUCCAUUUUAAACUUACGUCCCAAGCAGAAUCGACCAUGUAAUGCAAUUUCAUUUAAUCAUAACAAUUUGAUUGUGGCGGGAUUUGAUAAGGGAAGACAAGAUAAUUCAUUACAAAUCUGGAAUAUUGAAACUUAUUCAUCAACUGGAGGCAAUAGUCACAUCAAAAGACCGCUUUCAACUUACCUUCCUAAUGAAGCUAUCUUAUCAGCUACUUUUUAUCCAGAUCGUGAAUCAAGUAUUGUUUGUGGAUCGUAUAAAUUCUUACGAGAAAUAGAUUUACGUUCAGACCAACCAGCAUUCCAAAUGGCUACUAAAUGUACCCUUGGAUUAACAAUUGAUCAUUUCCAAAACCACUUAUUUCAAUCGUUCAGUGAAGAUGGAUCCUUGGCAAUUUGGGACAGAAGAAAAUUAACAACCACCAAAUCAAAGUCACUAAGUUCAGGAAAUGUCAUUACUGAAACUCCAAUUCUUCAAUUCAAUAAAUUAUUAAGUGAUGCUUCUUCCAGAAAGAUUUCACAUCCAUGUGUACGAUACUCUACUGUGAGAAGAGGUGAAUUUGCUGCUGUUUUCAAUGGGGAUUUAAUAAGACGAUGGCAUACAGGGAGAGUUCCUGCUGAUUACAGUCUUUCACCAAUGAAUGAUACAUCUUCAUACAGGUUCUCAUCUAAUGAAACCAAUACCCUACAAGGAUUGAAACAACAAGCAAGCCAAUUGUAUAAGCCAUCAGAAGAUUCAUUGUUCGUGUCAAUGGUACUUGAUGUGAAAACCGAUUAUGAACGAGUGGUUUCGUUUGAUUACUCUCCUGAUAUAACUUCACAUACAUCCACGAAUUUUGUAUGUAUGAGGCAAUCAGGUUCUGUAUUCAGAAUGCCAGUGGUUGAAUCCAUUGAAUCUAUGGAUUUCAAUGUUUUGAAUGAAUUUUCUAUUGCUGGUCCCGAAGGUACCAUGACUAAGUUCAUAGACUUAACAAAACAACAAGAGCAAACUGAAGUAGCCAACAGGAAUCUAAGUCUUGCUAGAGUUGGUGGGUUAUCCUUAACAGAAGACUUAAGAAACAAUGAUGGUGAAUUCUCAGAAGAUGUUUCGUCGACCGUUGAUGAUGAAAGUCUGGAUGUCAAUAACAAGAACAGCAACCACCGUCAUCCCCACCAUCGUCAAUUGGCCAAUCAACGACUUUCAUUUGACGGGUUUGAAGAGAUACCAUUAAAUACAUUCCUCGACUCGUCUGAUAUAAUAAGUAAUGAUAUUUGUGCAAUAAUUAGAAAACGAGCUCACAUGGGGUAUUCGUUUGAUUGUGAUUUCAAUAUUUCUCUUUUAGAAAGAUUGGAUACUAUGGAUAAUCAAUUAUUUUUAAGAAAUACUUGGAAGUGGUUAAGUCUUGCUCGAAAAUCACUUGAGAAGGGAACAAUGAUCUCAGAAGGUAUUGAUUUAGGGUUUCAAGGCGUUUUAGGUAUAUGGAAAGGUGUUGAUGCGUUGGAUGGACAGAGUAGAACCGACACAACCCGAGAGGGCCCCAUUACUGAUAGUUGGUUUUCACAAGCUGUUAGAUCCAUUGUUUCUUCCAAGGGGAAGAAAACUGCUGCGAUUAAUAUCCCGAGUAAUAGUGAGAAAAAAGCACAACGUAAACUCGGAUUGAUUGUUUCUGGAUGGUAUUUGGCCGAUAAUGAAUUUGAAGAGAAAUUGAAUGGAUUAGUUGCAUUGGGUAAUUGGGAAAAAGCUGCUGGUUGGGCGGUAUUCCACGGUAAUGUACCUAAAGCUAUUGAAAUAUUGGCUAAUUCCCAAAAGGAAAGAUUACGAUUAAUGGCCACUGCUGUUGCUGGAUAUUUAGCCUAUAAGAAUUCGAAUGUGAAUAGUCCUUGGAAGGAUCAAUGCCGUAAGAUGGCAUCAGAAUUAGAUGAUCCUUAUUUGAGAGCUAUAUUUGCAUUUAUUGCUGAUGAUGAUUGGUGGGAUGUCUUGGAUGAACAUGCAUUGCCUUUGCGAGAAAGGUUGGGUGUUGCAUUAAGAUUUCUUUCGGAUAAGGACUUGACUGUUUAUCUUGAUCGUAUGGCUGAAUCAGUAGUGAAUAAAGGCGAAUUAGAAGGAUUGAUUUUAACAGGUAUCACACCAAGAGGUAUAGAUUUGUUACAAAGUUAUGUUGACCGUACCAGUGAUAUUCAAACAGCUGCAUUAAUUGCAUCAUAUGCAUGUCCUCGAUAUUUCACUGAUCAAAGAAUUACUCAUUGGAUUGAUUGUUACCGUAAUUUGCUAAAUCGAUGGGGAUUUUUCAGCAUAAGAGCAAAGUUUGACGUGACUAGAACUAAAUUGUCCAAGACUUUCAAUGGUCAAACUACAAUCAAAGCAGCUCCAAAACAAGUAUUUUUGCAAUGUACUAGAUGUAACAAAAAUAUGGCCAAAUUUAAGAAUCCAAAUCCUGUGAAUAACCAAGCAUUAAUGAAACAAUUUAAUAAGAUGAAUGGAGGGAAAUCAAUUACUAAUGAUAUUGUAAAUUGCUGUCCUCAUUGUGGAGCUCCAUUACCUAGAUGCGCAAUUUGUUUAUUAACGUUGGGCACACCUAUACCUUUAGAGCAGGACGAAAGGUUGGAUGAAAAUGAUAAAAUAGGUAAUAAGAUUGAGAACAGGUUUAGAGAAUGGUUCAGUUAUUGUCUCACUUGUAACCACAGUUGUCAUGCAUAUCACGCUGAAGAAUGGUUUUCUAAACAUUAUGUAUGUCCAGUACCUGACUGUAAUUGUCGAUGCAAUAGUAAGUAGCAUAGAAGAGCAGAAUAUACAAUCACCUUCUCAUUCGAG